AUGGAACAUUGUCAGUGUCCGAAGACAUUUUCUGAUGAUAUUUCAAUAACGCUUAAGGUUUUCGGAGUUCAAUGGGGUUCUGCGGAAGACUAUUUCACUUACUCCGUCUCUCCUGUGAAUGUAGAGUUUACGAAACGUUCAAUCCUGUCCCACGUAGCUCGUAUUUAUGAUCCGUUGGGUUGGCUUUCACCUUUUAUUCUUUUAGCCAAACUACUUCUUCAAAACUUAUGGCGUGUUGGAGUGCCUUGGGAUGAAAUCAUUCCCGCCAAUCUGUGUGACGAUUGGGUUUCAUUUGUGUCUGACUUAUCUAGUAUAAAAUCGAUAAAAAUCCCUCGUAAAACCGUGAUUGACUUAGCAGCUACACACCAGCUGAUUGGGUUUUGCGAUGGAUCAACAAAAGCAUAUGGGUGCUGUGUCUAUCUCCGAUCAAGUAUCGAUGAUCAAAAACAAGUUUCUCUUUUGAUUUCUAAAUCUAAAGUGGUUUAUAUUAAGCCUCUAACAGUUAACCGUUUGGAGUUGUGCGGUGCGCUCUUGUUAUCACGUACUCUCAAACACAUGCAAACUUUUCUUAUUUCGAAAAUAAAUAUAUCUCAUAUUGUUGCCUACACUGAUAGAUCAACUGUAUUAGCUUGGAUCAAUACCGAGCCAUACAAAUUGAAACCUUUUGUUGCGCAUCGAGUAGUUAAAAUAACGGACGCAUUUGAACCUUCUACCUGGAGGCAUGUCUCGACUCAGGACAAUCCUGCUGAAUUUCCUAGCCGAGGUAUCUCGUGUGCAGAAUUGGUCAAUUGUAAGCGAUGGUGGUCAGGACCAGAUUGGAUGCUUAGUAGUCCAGAUCACUGGCCAGCUCAAAGUCGGUGUAAGCCCCAGGAUGAGUUGCCAGAGUUGAAAACACGCACUCUGAUUGCUCAAUCUCGGGAAUCUGAUAAAGACAUUAUGAAGGUGUUAUUAAAUCGGUAUUCACCCUUAUCGCGACUACAGCGAGAAUUGGCAUGGGUCUUUUGCUUCAUUUCUGAUUCGCGCAAAGAACCAAGCCAACGCGAGAAAGGUCACUUGACUACGAAUGAGGUAAAGUGCUCUCUGCUUAGCCUUAUUAAAUAUGUCCAAUGGGGCAGCUUCAAUCAAGAGAUGUCUCAAUUAAAAUCCUAG